AUGAAAGGUUGUGGCGUCGAGGUGCCGCCGAUCGAGAUCACCAACGACAUGUUGGCCCGGAUCGUCGACACCAACGACCAGUGGAUUCGCGAACGCAGCGGUAUUCGCACCCGGUUCUAUGUCGAGCCCGGAGUGGGCUCUUCGGACCUUGGUGCGGCGGCGGCCCGCAAGGCUCUCGACGACGCCGGCAUCGAGGCCUCCGAGGUCGAUUACCUGGUCUGCGCGACCAUGACCCCGGACCACUAUUUUCCCGGCAGCGGAACGUUGAUCCAGCAGAAGCUCGGCAUCGACGCGCUGCCGGCGCUCGACAUCCGCCAGCAGUGUGCCGGCUACGCCUACGGCUUGCAGAUGGUCGACGCGCUGAUCCAGAGCGGUACCGCGCGCACCGUGUUGUUGGUCGGCACCGACGUCCACACCAGUCUGAUGCCGUUCUCGGAGCGCACCUGGGACGUACUCUACGAGCGCGUCGAGGAACCUCUCGACGAGGAGGAGUUCGCUUGGAACAGCCAGUUCCGCCACCUCUUGGUGCUAUUCGGCGACGCCGCCGGCGCGAUGGUCUUCCAAGCCUCUGAAGAGGACGACGAUCGCGGCAUCUUGUCCCACGCGCUCUAUGGCGACGGCAAGCACCUGAAGAUCCUCCACGUCCCCGGCGGCGGCUCGAUCCACCGCCCCUUCGUCACCCCGGAGAUGAUCGCCAAGGGCGAUACCGUGCCGUCGAUGGAAGGCCGCUCGGUGUUCAAACUGGCGGUCACUCAGAUGCCCAAGGUCACCCAUGAGGUGCUCGGCAAGGCCGGUUACGACCUCGACGAUCUCGAUCUGCUGGUCAUGCACCAGGCCAACCUGCGGAUCAACGAGGCCGCCGCCAAGGUGCUGAAGCUGGGGCCCGACAAGGUCUUCAACAACAUCCAGAAAUACGGCAACACCACCUCGGCCACCUUGCCGCUGUGUUUCCACGAAGCCCGCCAGGCCGGCAUGGCACCCGAGGGAUCGCUGGUGGCAUUCACCGCGCUGGGCGCCGGCUUGCACUACGGAUCAGUGCUGAUGCGGGUCUAA